AUGACUUCCCCCGGUGAGAGUUUGACCGAAGUCAUAUGUACUGUACAUGCGAAAGGCUGCUGUCUUUUGUAACGGCGAGAACUAGUGUUCAGAAAGCGGUACGGCAAAUGAUUCAAUAUGGGGCUCUCUUUCGCUUUAGUGGGAGAUCUUGGACGGCGUCAAGCGGCAAGAACACCGUGUUCUAGACUUAGUUGCCCUGCUUAAUUUAUUGCAACACAAUCACUGCUUGGAAACAUCUCAUUUUUUGCGGUGCUUACUUCGCGGAAUAUUUCGUCAUUUUCUUCUGUAUUGCCAUCAGUACCACCCAAGGAAGACAGCUGUUUGCUUCCUCUUGAGAUGACAGAGCACACGAGUGUGGGAGAGGAGUAAAAGUUUUCUCUCGGACCGAGAACCACCUGACACCCUCCUCCUUCUGCGCUCCCACCGCCGGCAUGACCCUCGGCACGGUGUCCGGAUCCGACAGCUCGUCGGCGGUCAGCUUCUGCUCCUGCUGCGGGGCCAAGAUGGUACCCUGUUUCAGCGACGACGCGGUGGUGUCAACAAAUCAGAUCAACCAGCUUAUCAGUGAGAGCUUCCUCACUGUGAAAGGUGCAGCCCUGUUCCUUCCCAGGGGAAAUAGCCCCACGCCUAACUCUGCACCUCGUAUCAGCCAGCGCAGGAACAAGCACACAGGUGACCUUCAGAAACACCUCCAGACCAUGUUCACUGUGCUGCGGCCAGAGGACACCAUCCGACUGGCUGUGCGUCUAGAGAGCGCCUACCCUCAGGUAACCCGCUACAUGGUGGUGGUCUCCACCAAUGGUAGACAGGACACGGAGGAGAGCAUCGUGCUCGGAAUGGACUUUGUCUCCUCUGAUAGCUGCUGUACUGUGGGUCUGGUUCUACCUCUGUGGAGUGACACUUUGAUCCACUUGGAUGGAGACGGUGGUUUCAGUGUGUCAACGGUGAGCAGGGUUCAUGUUUUCAAGCCAGUUUCUGUGCAGGCCAUGUGGUCAGCCCUCCAGUCGCUCCACAAAGCGUGCGAGGUGGCGCGCUGCCAUAACUACUACCCAGGCAGCCUGUUUCUGACCUGGGUCAGCUACUACCAGAGCAGGGUCUCAUCCAACCAGUUCUGUAUCAACGAGUGGAACGCCAUGCAGGACGUGGAGUCGCACCGUGCCAAUUCACCCGUCCUCUUCACAGACCUGCCCACAGAGAGGGAGCGCACAGAAAGGCUGAUCAAGAUGCGCCUGAGAGAGAUCAUGAUGCAGAAAGACCUGGAGAACGUCACCUGUAAAGAGAUCCGAACAGAGCUGGAGAUGCAAAUGGUGUGCAACCUGAGGGAGUUUAAGGAGUUCAUAGAUAAUGAGAUGAUUGUCAUCCUGGGACAGAUGGACAGCCCCACAGAAAUCUUUGAACACGUCUAUCUGGGCUCUGAGUGGAAUGCUUCUAACCUGGAAGAGCUACAGAACAGCGGAGUGCGCUACAUCCUGAAUGUGACUCGAGAGAUAGACAACUUCUUCCCAGGGAUGUUUGAAUACCACAACAUCAGAGUGUACGAUGAAGAGGCCACCAACCUGCUGGAGUAUUGGAACGAAACCUACAAGUUCAUCACCAAAGCCAAGAAAGCCGGUGCUAAGUGUCUGGUUCACUGUAAGAUGGGUGUGAGUCGGUCCGCCUCCACAGUGAUUGCCUACGCUAUGAAAGAGUACGGCUGGGACCUGGACACGGCCUUCGACCAUGUUAAAGAGAGACGGGCUGUCACCAAACCAAACCCUUCCUUCAUGAAACAGCUGGAGGAGUAUCAGGGAAUUCUGCUGGCCAGCAAACAAAGGCAUAAUAAGCUAUGGCGCUCACACUCUGAUAGUGACCUAUCAGAUCGCCCAGAGUCGAUGUGUAAACCUUCCUCUCUGGUCCGCUCCGACUCUCACAACAACAACACUUCCUCCCCUUCCUUACAUCACUUCUUGGGUGUGGCUGUGCUGCAAGCACUCGGUGCUGAAACUGAAGCCAAAUCACCAAACACCACACACACCUCUGACUCACACUCAGACUCCAACGGUGUGUGUGACUCACCAGGUCAGGAGGAGGUCAGGUCAGAUUGCGGAGACCGCCUCCUGCUCCCCCUCCCCAGACCCCGAGCAGCCACUGUAGUCCCAGAGGAAAGACUGGACAAUUCAGCGAGCGUGGCCGUCACUGUGCCUGUUGCUCUCCCCCACCCUCCACCAUCACUCCACAUCUUACCUCCUACUCCCGAACUCCACCGUGCUCACCGGGGUCCUCCCACACAUCUGUCCAUUUCAGUGCCCAAAGACAAACCAGUGGAACUGUCCCUCUGUUUGCCUGAACGAAGCAGCUCAGAAGAAGUCUCCCCACUCACUCUGGGGUCCACUGACUCGGACGAAAUAGACCAAUCAUUAUCAGAUUUAACGAGUGAGAAAGACAGCCCCCUCAGCCCUACAAAUAUCCCUCCCCUCCCCCUGGUUCUUCCCCUUGCUUCCAGCGAUGAUAACAACAACCCCAGCGAGUCACAGAUCUGCAGCGUGUUGGACAGCCGUGGCGAUGCCGAUGGGUCGUCCAGCCACAGCGCAGACAGUAUUGACUUCUUCAGCGCCAGGGAAAAGUUUCUGGGCCUGUCCCAAGACGGCAGAUCCCGGACACUGUCUGAGCAGGCGCAACAAAGGACAUCUUUGUCACUCGAGGAAAACGGAGAACCUGAGGCUAAGGAAGAAGAGGACCAGGGAAAUGGCAUGAGUCAGGCGUCUCCACAGUCUGAAGACAGCGUUGACAAAGCCAGCCCUGAUCGAACUCAUCACCCUCACCUUGACAACGGAGUAUCAGUACGCCAUAUUGUCACGGAGAUUGAAGCCAUAUGCCACCCUGCCUCCUGCUUUCCUACUCCCUCCUCCUCCUCCUCCUCUUCGUCACUCCCUCCAUCCUCCCACAGCCCUCAGCUCAUCCGACCAGAACAUCAGAUGGAGGCCGAGACCAGUGAAGUCACGCACGGCUCUUUAACCCCACCUUCGCACCCGCAGUCUCCCUCCAUGCUGUCGUGCGACUGGCCGGCGGGCUCAGUGCGGCGAGCCACCAAGCAGCUGGAGCAGAAACUGAGGCAGGAAAUGGAGAUGGCUGCCUCUCAGCGAUCUCCCCUGCAUUCUCCCAGUGCUGAACACCCUCCCGUCAGACUGUCCCUGUGUCCCCUGAACACUGAACAGCUUCCCCUUCACUUCCCUCAGAACUCCACAGAACAAAGGAUCACUCAGGGAGAGAUCACGGCUGUAUCUGCUAAGUCCAAAGACAGAGAGAAGCAUACUGGGUCACAAACGGAGCUUCAAAGACUCGACUCCUCCUCAGGCACAGACAACCUACUGAACCCUUCAUGCUCCCCUGACUCAAAUAUCAGCCAAGUCUCUGGUGCUAUACCUACCAUUGAUAGCCAUAUGCUCACAUCAUCACUGGCUUCUACUAGUCAGUUGGAAGAAUUAUCUCUAGAUACCUCAGCCCAGUCCCAAAGACAGAACCAGCAACACCAGACCCUGCCCCAGGCCUGUUCAAACCAAAUGACUCUGGAUGGAGUGACAGUGCAGGAGUCUGACACAGAUAACACAGAUAAGAGCCUGGAGUCCAGCUCCCAGGACGACGUGGGGGGCUGUGGCGCCCACUGUGAUGCCCAGAGCAGGCUGGCUCGUGGCAGCCAGGAGCUGGAGAGGAUUCAGCAGACGCUGCAAGAGCUGCAGGCCUUCCUCCAUGAGGGCGUCAGCCUGGAGAAGACUGACAGCCCAGACCAGGAAGUGGUCCAGCCUCAGGGGCUGAGAGACGUUAUGGACACAGAGCCGGGACCUUGUAAAGGGACGAGCUCUGAGCAAACCACUCUUGGCCUGGAAGUAGGCCAGCGGCUCCGAGAGAAGCAAGAGAGGAAAAGUUUCCUGGAGCUGGCAGGGUGGCACAGAGCCAUGGAGCUCGAGGCCCGCAUGCGGCAGGCAGGCCUCACCCCCCCGUCUCUCAUGAAGCGGUCAGCCUCCUUGGCUAAACUGGACUGUCUGGAGCUGUCAGCCAAUGACCUCAGCGACUUGGACCUGAGGCCGCACACCAGGACGCCCUCAUCACACUCCCAGGACUCUUUUUCCAAGUGCCUGUCUCACCCUGACGACACCUGGAAGAAGCAGAAAGUGUUGGCCCGAAAUACUUGUGUCGAAAAGACAGGUUUGUCCCACGGGGGCGGGGGUCUGGACGAGUCGUCCUCAUCACCCUCCCUCUGCUUCCCCCCCAGCCCUCAUCCAAGAGAUGACACGGGUGAGAGGGAGGAGCCAGAGGGCAGCGGGAGCAGCGUGGUCGCUGCAACGCGUCAGCAGGGGAGGGGACACUCGUCGAGACGUUCUCGCAAAGCGUCUGCUGAGAAAAAGCAGCGAGCUGUCACUGUGCUAUACAAUACCAUGUAACCUCAGUGCAAUGGACUGGAACGGACACGACUGGAGCUGCGCAAAUGUGUGAGAGAGGCUGCAUGAUGCGGAUGAAUGUGUAGCAAGUAAACUGUAGACUUUGUGUAACCUCCGACGUCGGUAUAGUGUGUAAGAAUUGAAUGAUGAACAUAUGUUUGCAUGUAAACCACUGGAUGUGUUGUUUCAAUUGGAGUUCAGGUUUGUAUGUACAGUAAUGUAAUAUGAAUGUCCAAACUAUGACUGAACCGGUGCAUACUGUAUGCACUCCGUUGCGUCUGUCUCACUUUUUUUAAGAAGCGUUUGUUUUCAGUGUUUGACCCUCGAUGCCUGUUCAGAGUUUCUAAGACUACAAGAGGGGCUUUUUCUCCAAACAUGCACUUUACUAUUUAGAUGAUUUUCUUUUAUUUGAAAUCUGUUUCUUAUCCCGGGGAGAAUUCUUUUGCACUGAUCUCAAUAGACUUGUCUCUGUAUGCUUGUUUUUGUGUUCAAAGUGGACAGACGUGUCUUUAUUCAGAUUUUUAAUUAAACCAGGACAAAGCUGAUAUCUUGUUGUUUUUUUUAUUCAGUGCUUUAGCAGUAAAUAAAUAUGGUGACUUUG